AAAGUUGCCACAAUCCGACACCCAAAUCCGACCCCAAGUGAUUACCCCAUUUGUGACUUGAAGGAGGAAACUGAUGAGUGAUGAUGACAAUAAAUGCUACAGCAACAGUAACAGUAUCUCUGUCUCAUAUCCCAUUCGUCCCUCCCUCCCAGAUUCCAUGUUUUGCGUUUUUCUUCACUAAUCACUCACCACCACCACACCAACUACCUUAACACUCCAAGUCAACCUACCAAAACAACCAAACCAUAAAACCUAAAAAAAAAAAUCCUUCAAAAGUUCCUGGAGUCAUUAUUAUUUAUCUAUUCCCUUGGAUCUUAUUGUUCACUUCUCUUUAACAAAAACCCAUAAAUUUCAUGGCUUUUCCUUCAUCAACGAUUGCCUCCAUCUCCAUCUUGGUCUUCAUGACCUUCCAACUUUCAUACUCCAUUCCCUUCAUAGUACUUCAUGGCAUUGGAGAUCAGUGCUCCAAUAGAGGAGUUAAACAGUUCACUGAGCUACUGAGCAACUAUUCUGGCGCUGAAGGAUAUUGCUUAGAAGUUGGAGAUGGAACAUGGGAUUCCUGGUUUAUGCCUCUUGAGGAACAGGCUAAAACUGUUUGUGACAAGGUGAUGGAAAUGAAUGAACUGAAACAGGGUUACAACAUUGUUGGUCUCUCCCAGGGUAAUUUAAUAGGUCGAGGUGUUUUGGAAUUUUGCAGUGGAGGACCUCCUGUUAAAAAUUUUAUAUCUCUAGGAGGACCUCAUGCUGGUACUGCUUCCGUUCCUCUAUGUGGUUCUGGUGUUCUGUGCAUUAUUGCAGACAGACUACUCAAGUCUGAGAUCUACACUGACUAUGUCCAAGAUCACUUAGCUCCCAGUGGUUACCUCAAAUUACCAAAUGCUAUUCCGAACUAUUUAGAGAAAUGCAGAUUUCUUCCAAAGCUUAACAAUGAACUCCCUGACGAGAGAAACUCCACUUAUAAGGAACGGUUCAUUAACUUACAGAACUUGGUGCUUAUUAUGUUUGAGCAUGACACUGUUUUGAUACCUAAGGAAACUGCCUGGUUUGGAUAUUAUCCAGAUGGGGCCUUCAAGCCAAUUUUACCUACGCAACAGACACCGCUUUACAUAGAGGAUUGGAUUGGUUUGAAAACCUUAGAUGAAGCUGGAAGGGUCAAGUACAUCAGUGUUCCUGGAAAUCAUCUUGGAAUCUCCAGAAGUGAUAUGCAAAAGUAUGUUGUGCCUUAUUUGGACGGUAAUGCAUCAAGAAAGAACAGCGCUGAAAAGGAUAGUAAGAUUAGGGUGCACGGAGUCCAUGGCAGAGUUGUGCAAGGCAACAAGAGAGAACAAAUUGCAUCAACUUAACUGAUUCUUGAAGGAUCAUCAUCUUAUUCGUGGCCCUCAUCAAUUAAGAGCUUCAUCAAUGAACUUCUUCGGCUCACGGAGGAGUCAGUGUCUCACACUUGAUUUAGAUUACCCUGUUUAAUUAAACCAUAAAUCAAUCUAUACGUUUUGUGGGGAU